GUGUUACUUCGACCUAUCCGCAUCUUUAUUGAGCCAAAUUCUCUGUCAUCUGAGCCCGGUGUAUGUCCCAUUCCACUUUUUGCUUGUCCAAGGGGGCUCCUUGAAGUCAAUCUUCCCGAGUUAGUGCUGCUUAACCAAACAUCGGAAUUGCUUUUGACCCCUCCGCUACAAUCCAGUGUCUCCCCAUCAUCAGCUUUAGCAUCUUCCUCUUCAGCAUCUAAUUCCCCGACCUCACUUUUAUUCUCUUCGAGGUCCGUCCAUCAACUCUUUUUUGACACUGGUCUGGCUAUCUCCCUUGCUGAUUGGUCAAAUGCUCUACAUCGGCUUCCCGUCAAAGCCCAAUUAGGCGUCCAUAGGUCACCAAUUUCUCAACAAUUACCGUCUAGUUCCAAUCUCUGGCCUGGCAGUACUUUCAAUAGUGCUAGUAAAUUUGACGAAAUUAUGGAAUCUGAUAUUCUUGGUUCUACUAGAAUAGCUUCUCCGGCACUUCUGAAUCCAUCUUUGAAAACUUACCGGCUCCCAAAUAUUAAUAAAUCUAGAAUACAAGUACCUGGAUCUGUAGGUGAGCCGGUUCGUCUCCCCUGGCGGAUAACUUCUGCUGGAUUACAAUGUAUCUUCAAAAAAUCUACAAACCACAAGCCAGCCUGGCUCUGCCAGAUGGCUGGACUGACAGCCACUCUAGCAGCGACCCCUAAGUUCUCCUGCAGUCUGGACAACAAGAUUUCA